UGAGAGUUUCGAGGGUGAUGAAAAGGAAAUGAUAUUGGAAUUGACUGAGACAGCUUAUACUAAUCACAAUAUUAAAAAUGCUCGAGAACGCGUUAAUACUAUUGACCACACUAUUAAUAAUAACACUAGUAAUGAAGACGAUGAUGGCGAAAAGGUUGCAUUAACACAGGAACAAAAAGAUUUUUACGAGAGUAUGAUAAUGAAUCCAGUAAAUAGAAUACACAUCGUGGACCUCUUGGGUCCUGGCGAAACUUUGAAGAUGUAUCGAGAUGAAUAUAAUGAUUUGACGGUGACGACAUCAGUGACAACGACGAAUUUCAAUGGUAGUGAUGAACCUCCGAAAACACCAACAACUUCAGUCAGCUCACGUCAUUUUAAUUCGUCAUUCGAACCUACGCCUACUAGUGGCUAUGAUGAUUUUUCGUAUUCGCCCGUCUCACCGACACCUUCAUGGAGCGACUUUGAACAAAAAUAUCGGAAGAAAUCGGAUGAUGAGAGAAUAACAAUCAAUGAAAUUAAUAAUUAUCCUUUAUCACCAUUAUUGUUAUUAUCAUCAUCCUCACCCUCACCCUUAUCUAAAUCAAAUUCAACUCAAUCAAUCAAAAGAUUGUUCGAUGGAAAGAGUCUAAAUGAAAAUUUGUCUAAUCAAAAGGAUGAUUUCGAUUCAGAGUCUUUUCCAUCGUUUGAGGGUAAUACAAAAUCGUUGUCGAGAGAAAAAAAUCGUUGUCAUAAUCAGCAUUUACUCUUGUCGGAACAACUUCAGCAGGAGAUCAAUGAGUUUAACAAUGGUUACGACGGAGAUAUUGAGUGA